AAGACGGUCUGGAAAUUUUGCCUUCCUGUCACCCUCAGGCAAAGGAAAGAUUCAGAAAGUCGCCAGGGGAUAUUUUUUGCAGGAAUGGUCACUCCCUGAAUCUAGGCAAGGAAGGGGAGGGGCCUGGGCCGCGUCCCGCCUCUUCUCCAGCAAACUUCUCCCGCUCCUGCCUCGCGGCUGCAGUUCCCGGGGCCGGGAGUCGCUGCCCGCCCCUGGCUUUGCCCAUGGUCUCGGUGACUAGAGCCGUGUUCGGGGACCUGCCCUCAGGGGCAGGGACAGUGGAGAAGUUCCAGCUGCAGUCUGACCUGCUCAAAGUGGACAUCAUCUCCUGGGGCUGCACCAUUACGGCCCUGGAGGCCAAAGACAGGCAGGGCAGGGCGUCAGAUGUGGUGCUCGGCUUUGCAGAGCUGGAAGGCUACCUCCAAAAGCAGCCCUACUUUGGAGCAGUGGUUGGCAGGGUGGCGAACCGAAUUGCCAAAGGGACAUUCACAUUGGACGGGAAGGAGUACAAGCUGGCCAUUAACAAUGGGCCCAACAGUCUGCAUGGAGGAAUCCGAGGGUUCGACAAGGUCCUCUGGACCCCUGAAGUGCUGUCAAAUGGCGUCCAGUUCUCAAGGGUCAGUCCAGAUGGUGAGGAAGGUUACCCUGGAGAGUUGAAAGUCUGGGUGACAUACACGCUGGAUGGUGGGGAGCUUAAGAUCAACUACCGAGCACAGGCCAGUCAGACCACACCAGUCAAUCUGACCAACCAUUCUUAUUUCAACCUUGCAGGCCAGGGUUCUCCAAACAUAUAUGACCAUGAAGUCACUAUAGAUGCUGAUGCCUUUUUGCCUGUGGAUGAAACCCUGAUUCCUACAGGAGAAGUUGCUCCAGUACAAGGAACAGCGUUUGACCUGAGGAAGCCAGUCGAGCUUGGAAAACACCUGCAGGAGUUCCAUAUCAAUGGCUUUGACCACAAUUUCUGUCUGAAGGGAUCUAAAGAAAAGCACUUUUGUGCACGGGUCCAUCAUGCUGGAAGUGGCCGUGUCCUGGAAGUGUACACUACCCAGCCUGGGAUCCAGUUUUACACAGGCAACUUCCUGGAUGGCACGCUGAAGGGCAAGAGUGGAGCAGUCUAUCCCAAGCACUCCGGUUUCUGUCUCGAGACCCAGAACUGGCCUGAUGCAGUCCAUCAGCCCAACUUCCCUCCUGUGCUGCUGAGGCCUGGGGAGGAGUAUGACCACACCACUUGGCUCAAGUUUUCUGUGGCUUAAGGAAGUGUAAAGAUGUGACCUCCUCCAGGGCCAGGCUGGGAGCCCCUUCAGCAGCUUGUCUCCUGCCCAGAGAGAUUUAGAGGCUUUAAAAGUGAUCCUGUGAAUGAAACCCACAUAAAGGGUAGCUUCCUAAUGAUUAGUCUGAGUAUUGAUUUUUCUUUCCCAGUGACUGACUACAGGUCAGGUCUAUGAGCAGCUCUCUCCUCUGUGUAGUUAAGAGGACUCACUGGGUGGCUCAGUGAUUGAGCAUCUGCCUUCGGCUCAGGGUGUGAUCCUGGAGUCCCAGGAUCGAGUCCCACAUCAGGUUCCCUGCACAGAGCCUGCUUCUGCCUCUGCCUAUGUCUCUGCCUCUCUCUCUGUGUCUCUCAUGAAUAAAUACAUAAAAUCUUAAAAAAAAAAAAAAAAAAAAAAGAGGACUCAUCCAUUAAUGUCAUCACCUGAGCCCUGACCCUAGCCCAGAAGUGGUAUCCAAGCCCCUUAUACCGUUUUGGCUCCAUCUCUUCACCCUGUUGCUUUCUUCUCUACUUUUUACCCUUCCUUUGAUCCUUUCAUUCCUUUUCUUUGUCCUCCUCCUCCACCGCUCCCCUGUGCAGCACUGUGGAGUUUAUAGUCACAUUAGCUCAUUUUUACAUGCUAGCAGAUGGACUUGUCUGCCUUGAUAAGGCAGGAGAUGAUGGACAGCCAGGGAGCUGGGGCCUAGGGAGGAUAAAUGACCCUUGUAAAAAGCAUAUAGCUAGGAAAAAUUUUAGCCAGGACUUGACAUCAGAUCAUGCACAUUCAGCUCCCCUUCUUUGCUUCCAUUUCAGCCCGCCAGGGCACCCAGGGUCACUGAUGGGCAAAGGAGGGGAGGGGGCUGACCUUCCUCUCUUAGGCCAGCCUUUCUUCCCAGAUUUACAUUUAUAAUAAGCAUCAGUCUGAGUUGAGUUUACCGGAUCUUUAGGGAUGUCACUUAAAGGGCCAGAUCAAAAUAUCAAGAAUCUAAUUUUGAUUCUCUGCCUUUGGGGUUGAGAAAGUCCCAGCCCAGCAAAGGCAUGGGAAGAAAGUCAGCCACUAGAGAUGAGCUGUGUCAGUGUGGAGACAAGACCUUACUUAGGACUACACAUUGCUCCUAGAGCAAGAGAUUGAGUUAUGUAGAUGAGGCUGGGGCUCCCCCCUUUCCUGAACAAUGGAAUCACUAGUUAUGGGUUUGAGUUGAUGGUUACUUUAGGUUUUUAAAGAAAUGAAUCUUAUACUUCUGUAUACUAGCAACCAGUUGAAAUAAAACCAAAAGCUGCACCUUCAGAAGA